UCACUGAAUUGAAAUUGUGAACAACCAAACCAACAACAACAGAGAGCCGCGCGCGCCUCCACACCUCUCCCACCACCACCGCUUCCCCAGCCGUCUUGUUUCUGCUCAGCUGAAAUUUGGCUAUCCUUUUUUUAAAUUAAGGGUUUAGGGUUUAAGGAAAAUGGAGUCAACAAGAACAAAUAUAAGUGACGUGUUGACUUCUUUUAGUCCUUCAUUAGACUUCCUUGCUAUCAGCUCUGGUGACGGUCGAAUUAAGAUUUGGGAUACUAUUAAGGGCCAAAUACAGACGGACUUCGCUAAUAUCGUGUCAACUGAGGAAACCGACUUUUUUGCUAAACCUGAAGCUGGACAUCUUUCGGUUGAUUACACUUGCAUGAAAUGGCUCAGCUUGGAGAAAAAGAAAAAAAGGAAGCUGCGAAGUUUGUUGCUUAUUUUAGGAACCGGGGGUGGCGAUGUUUUAGCAUUGGAUGUGUCGGCUGGCCAGUUGAAGUGGAGGGUUAGUGAUUGUCAUCCUGGGGGUGUCACUGCUAUAUCAUCUCCUACAGUGGGAUCGUGUGUAUAUACUGCUGGUGUUGAUGGGAUGAUAUGUAAACUUGAUUCCAUGACAGGGAAUUUGUUGGACAAGUUUAAAGCCUCUUCGAAAGCCAUAUCCUCAAUGUCCGUUUCAUCAGAUGGCAAGCAUCUAGCAACAGCAGCAGGUCAAUUAAAGAUCUUCAGGUGCUCAGACAAUAAAAGUAUUCAAAAGUUUUCUGGCCAUCCUGGUGCUGUUAGAUGUAUGACAUUCUCUGAUAAUGGUAGAUAUGUACUUUCAUCUGCUAUUGGUGAACGAUAUGUUGCAAUUUGGGAAGUGGUGGAAGAUAGCAAAAAGAAAUCAUCUUGUUGUGUUCUUGCAAUGGACCAUCCGGCCAUCUUUAUAGAUAGUAAGUCGUAUGGUGUAGAAAAGUUAGGUCUAUCUGUACUCGCCAUUUCAGAAAUGGGUAUUUGUUACUUAUGGAGUGGAACUAAUAUUGAGGAGUUACACAAAUCCAAGUCAACAAAAGUCAUGGUAUCUUUAGAAGACGAACUAUCUAAGAGUCACAAGGGUGCACUCCCCACCAUAUUCUCUGCAAAAUUACAGACUUAUUCAGAACCUUCAACCGGGCAUGUUUUUCUUUCCCAUGGUUUGCUAAUAAAACCGACGUUUGAGAAAAUGUCAAUACAGUGUGGUACUGACAUAAAGCUAACCAGUUCUAUGGAUGGGAUUUUGUUACCUAUGACCCAAUCUCACAAGUCAAAAAAAGGGUUACAAAACCAGAAUCAGAUAACGGCUUUAGACCGUGCAAAUACUGAAGGCGCGUUACUUCCUGUUCCCAAGAUAUAUACCGUUGACGUAGAGAACAAAGCUAUGCCUUCAACUAAAGAUGACAUGGAAGUUGAUAAAGUAACUGUAUGCCUGGAAGACCGGUUAAGAAUUGAAGGCAUCCUCACAAGUGAUACAGAUCUUGCAUCUAACACAACUCAGUUAUCCAAGCUUUUGAAGGGUGUUGAUCUUGAAGCUAAUAUACCACAAAAACAGAUGAAAGCAGCUGUUUCAUCUAUGACAUCAGAUGAUGCCUAUACAUUGUUAAAAGUAUUGCUGACCAUGUGGCAAUCAAGAUCUAUAAAUGGACAAUACAUUCUUCCAUGGGUUUGCUGUAUAUUAGUGCAUCACAGCAAUUAUGUUAAAUCGGAAGAACCAGCAUCACAAUUACUGGAUUCAUUGUAUAAGUUUACAAAAUCAAAAGGAGAUUGUAUUCAGUCUUUACUGCAAUUGUCAGGACGUCUGCAACUUCUAACAGCACAGAUCAAUAAGGCUGCUGACAAAAGUCAUUAUUUGAAACAAGAAGAAGAAAGUGAAGAUGAAGAUGAAGAAGAUAUACUUUAUGAUGAAGAGGAUGAGUCAUCGGAGAAUGCUAGUGAUGACAAUAACUAGUUUUGCAUGCCGUUUUUACACACCGAGAACUUUUAUUGUAAUGGAAUUGCUCCAUCUGAGGUCUACAUUAUUGCAGCUACUGGACAGUAUCGAAUUAGGAGAAGACUGGUUAGCAUUGAUACCCUAAAUAGUGGCUACCGUAGGACUUGGGUGUGGUCCUAGUUCCUUGGUCUCCCUACUUUUGGCUGAUUGAUACUUGAGAAAAAAGUAGCAAAUGGUUUAGUUGCACAUAAGAUGUCCCGUUCCGAUUAUCUGUUGGCCUGUCAUUGUCAUCUACAUGCUAUAGCAAGUUUGCUUUUGACUAUUGGUCUAACAUUCUGUAGUGUCGAAAUUCUGUCUUUGAGGCAUUGCCACCUUAAUUUUG